AUGUCUCCGUCAAACGCGGAUGCCGAUCCCCCUUCUCAAGAUGCGGGUCUGGCCCCACACAAGACUGAAGCCCCCUUCGAUCGCGAGGACGCCGACUUUGUCAUCUGCACGAGCGACAAAGUCGACUUCCACGUCCACCGCGCUAUCCUCGCCAUUUCCUCCAGCGUAUUCGAAUCCAUGCUCUCCCUCCCUCAGCCGCCGAGCACCAACCCUGCAGUGUGGCCGCGCGUGGACAUCGAUGAGGACGGCGCCACUCUGGACGCGUUUCUCCGCAUCCUAUACCCCGUACCCAACCCCGUGUUUGACACCCUCGCGCAGAUCCGCAACGUCCUCGAGGUCGGGCGGAAAUACGACACCCCCAGAUUUCGCUUCGUUGAGUCCGACCCCAUCCGCGUAUUCGCUAUCGCUUGUCUGUUUGACAUGGAGGAAAUUGCGCGGGAUGCGGCGGUCGAGGCAGUCGUUACCGACAGGGUGGCCGACUGCAACUGCGAGGACUUGGACGACAUACCGGCGGCUGCGUAUCAUCGCCUCCUGCAGCUCGACAACCAACACUACUCAAAGGAUGCGGCAAGCGCAUUUUUCGCGGUCCCCAUGUCCCGUUCAGCGGACAUCGUACUCAAGACGAGCGACGGAUACUUAUUCCCCGUGCACGAGGUCAUCAUCCACCUUGCCUCACCAUCUCUUCUCUCCGACCUCGUGCCGAGCGUGCCUGUCGGACAAGAGCCGUCGGACGACGAUGUCGACCAGCCAAAGCUUCCCGUUUACCUCUUUCCGGAAUCCGUCCAUGUCACGAGCUUCCUUCUCAGGUGGUACUACCCGUCCUCUCAAGCCAUUCCCUCCAUACCCACCGAGCACUACCUGGACGCCCUCCGCGCGGCCCACAACCACGGCCUGCACAAGCUCGAGUCGCACCUGCGCUCAACCUGGGCCCACCACAUGCCGUCCGCGCCCCUCCGCUUCUUCUUCUUCGCGGCCGAACGCGACUGGCAUCCCGAGGCGCACUCGUCCGCCCGCACCCUGAUCGCGAGCGCGAACAACAUCCGGGCGCUGUACGUGCCCGAGAUGGAGACGGCUCGGGCGGGGGUGUACAUGAGCCUACUGUCGUUCGUCAAGGGCUGCGAGCAGGCGGUGGAGGGCCUGGCGGUGGCGCCGCCGCUGGUGCUCCCGCGUCCGCCGCGCGCGGUGUGCGACACGCUCGCCGGGGUGUGGGAGGGCGAGCGCGAGGGGUGCGCGUUCCCGCUGCGGAUCGGGCACGAGCACCCGCUCGCGCCGUUGCGGGCGGCGCUGGACCGGCGGCCGUCGGCGUCCGUGUUCGAGGCCGACGUGGAGGGCAGCGUGGCGGGCGGCGGGGGGCUCAGCCCUGCUGCGGUGCGGUUCCUAGAGAAGCUAUGGGACGUGGUGAGCGCGCAGGAGCCGCAGGGGCCAAGGGAGGGCGUGGUGGAGUACGGGCUGGUGAUCCUGAAGGCGUACCGAGAGAAGGUGGAGGAGGCGCUGGGCGAGGUGUCGCUCAAGCUGCCUUCCGCGCGGCGCGGCGCGACGCGGCUUGACCAGUCUGGUUAUCAAGAGGUGCGGUGA